AUGAAACAUGGCACCAUUGGGAAGUCAGGAUUAAUCAGUGGAAUAAACAUUAAGGUACAUAGUGUACAGGAAAACAAUACAGAUAUAAGAUCGCAAUAUCCGAUGCAGGCCAACAUCCCCCCUCAAGCUUUGCCUCCCGGAAUGCAACAGGUGCCCCGGGUGCCACGUGUUCCUCAAGGUGCUCAAGGACCACAGGUUGCACAAAGCGGCACUAUUCCCCAAGGUGUCCGAAAUAUGCAAGCAAUGAGCAGUAUGCAGGGUCUGAACAUGCAGCAGGGCCUUCAACAGAAUAUUCAACUGCAACAGCAGCGUCAUCAAAAUCAGCGUCAACAAAUACCCGUACAGCAUCAGCAUCAGCAUCAACCACACAAGCAGCAGCAGCAGCAACAACAACAACAACAGCAACAACAAAAAGGCCAGCAGGGAAUGUUUAGAGAAAUGAACACGGGAAUCCCCAUGGAGCAGUUUCAGGCCCAGAAUGCUCAUCAGUCAGCUAGCAAAUCACCAAUGGUGACGGAUUCGUGCGCUGUGAACUCGAAGGAGUUGCUCAACGCGUACAUAUACGACUACUUGCUGAAGAGUGGGUUUAACAAGUCGGCCAUGAAGCUUUUCCAGGAGGCAGGAAUUCCAGUCGUGCCUAGUGCCGGGGCAAGUGAUGCCGGGGCCAGCAAUCCCGUGAAAAAGGAGAAUGACGGUUCAAAUAAGAGUUCUGACAAGCUACCCCGCGCGAAGAUGACCAUGGACACCCCCCAGGGCUUUUUAUACGAGUGGUGGAUGAUUUUCUGGGAUGUGUUCAAUGCCCGAACGGAAAGGGGAGGCUCUACGAACGCACAGAGAUACUACCAGUAUCUUGACCGCGGCCUACAUUGGAACCAGACUGGUCAUCCGUCCCAAGGCCGGCCUGGAUUCAUGCCUGUCACCACUGCUGCCUGGAAUAUUGGCAUUCUGCAAAACAGGAAUGCCGCUCACGGCCCUCAGCGGCAGAAUGUGCCCCAUAUGCGGAGAGAAAACGUGGGGAUGCCCCAGAAUGGUGGCCCACGCAUGAUGCCGCCCAAUGGGCAGGUUUUGACGCCAGAGGCAGCAAAUGAGAUGCAGAGACCACCGGUUGGAGUUCAGGGAGGAAUUCAGCCUGUUCAGCCUGUUCAACACGUUCAAUCUGUCCAAUCUGUCCAACCCGUCCAGUCUGUUCAACCCAUUCAAUCCGGAAUUCAGCCUGCUGGGACCCCAUUCCAGCCUGGAGUGGCAUUUGCACAGCCACCCCGCCCCCAGGGCAACUUCAAUAUAACGCAACAGCAGAUGCAGCAACGGAUGCAGCAGCAGAUGCUGGCGAAUGCUCGGCGGCUUGCCAAAAGUAAAGCUUCAGGCACUUCUUCCGGAGACAGGAGGGGUCCUGAGAAGUCCCGACCAAAAAGUAAGGUUAAGGGGAGAGGAAAGGCAAGAAAUAAUGGAAACGAAGGACGAUCGAAGGCCGGAAACUUGAAGAAGCAGGCCAGAUCGUCAAACAGGGCGGCACACACCGGCAGUACUGCCAGCAGCAGAAAUAGCAGUAAUGCAAGCAUACGCAGUACCAGUAAUACAAAUCCCAGCUCCACAAGUGGGAACGUCAGCAGUAAUGGUGCUGCUGCCGCGGCUGCUGCUGCCUCUUUAUCUUCAAACUUGAAAGCUCUCUCUUCCAAUUUGAAAAAUGGAUCCCAGAAAUCGCACAGGCCGCAGAAUCUUCACGGUCUACAUCGUGUGGGUUCAAUGAACGUCGCGGGCCCGAUGAGUGCCCCGGCCUCCGGAAUAUCGCCGCGUGAUACAUCGAGGAUGAUGACUGACUUUUCCCCAGUGUCUGGGCAGUUUUCUCAAGGAGAUACUGGCGCAAAUAAUUCGGGAGUUUCUGCCAUAAGCUCGCAGCCCGGUAAAGGCCGUUCCAGAAAGCUCUCCAGAUCCGUUCCAGCCACUCCUCUUACCUCUGGGGGAAGCUUGAACGCCUCAAAUAAGCGUAAAGGUGGUCCUGCUACCAUACAGGAGGGACAGGAGUCUCUAAACUUUACCCACCAGAGCAAAAAGCACAAACCGGAGCCAAAAGCCUCGCCUGCUGCCACGGAAAACGAUGAUUUUAAUAUAGAUUUUGAUGCGGGUUCGAACGACAUCUUUGACUUCAAUACGCUUCUGGGUGCCGACGAGGAUCCCACAUCCGGGAAUUCCGGUUUGAAGGAGGUAUUUAACUGGGGGGACUCCAUUAGCUCUCACGAGUUAUAG